AUGGGGGUCCAGAGAAAAACCCGCAAGUUUGCGCAAACAAAAAGGGCAAUCUCGCAACGUGAUAAUCGCCUGAAGGAUAGCGACAAAGACAAGACUGACGAGAAAGACAAAUCUAAGAACGAUGAUUUGAUCCGAGAAGCGCCACAGGCUCCCUCGUCUCUCUUCUUCCAAUACAACACGGCUCUCACACCCCCAUACUCUGUCCUUGUCGAUACCAAUUUCAUAUCUCAUACUAUUCAACAUAAGCUUGAUGUCAUUCCCACCAUGAUGGACUGUUUGUAUGCCAAGUGCAUCCCGGUCAUCACAGAUUGUGUGCUCGCUGAGUUAGAGAAGUUGGGCCAGAAAUACCGCUUAGCUUUGCGUGUGGCCAAAGACCCGCGAUUUGAAAGAAUUAAAUGCGACCACAAAGGAACCUACGCUGAUGACUGCCUGGUGGAUCGAAUCAUCAAACAUCGAGUGUAUAUUGCAGCGACCAACGAUCGUGAUCUUAAAAGACGAAUUCGAAAAAUCCCCGGUGUUCCCAUCAUGAGCGUUGCCCGUGGGAAAUAUGUCAUUGAACGACUCCCAGACGCACCCGAGAAGUGA